ACCCACAACAACACCCACACCUGCACCAACAACAAUGCCAGAACCAACAACAACCACCACAAUAGUUCCUACAACAACACCCACACCCGCACCAACGACAAUGCCAGAACCCACAACAACCACCACAAUAAAUCCUCCAACACCUGCAGCCACAACACCAGAACCCACAACAACACCUGCACCCACGACAACACCUGAACCCACAACAACCCCUACAAUAACUGAAACAACUCUUACAACAACACAAACAACCCUUACAGAAGCACCUAUAAUGACUCCUACAACUACCAUGAUAACAUUGAAAGCACCAACUAUUUUACCACUGAGCAAAAUUCCUCUUCAGUUUUCUCUUCAAGUUGACAGUCUAGCACCAUCUUGUGUUGAGGGUCAAUAUCUGCCACUGUUCUUCUACCCAACACCUCAACAUGGAGAACUCUUGCAGGCUCGUGUAAAUCAUCAGUUUGAGUUCAGAGUGAAGGCUGUUGCAUCUUUUUCAAGAAUUAUUGAUGUCAUCAUUAGUGGACCAUUAAACAGCACAAAGACCAAAACUACCACUGGGGAGUAUGUGAUUAACUGGACACCAACUCAAGAAAACUAUGGUCAACACUUUCCAUUUUGCUUCAUUGCAGAAGGACAAUACAUGUCUGAUAUUUACCAGUCUGAGAUGAGGUGUGUUGUUGCAGAGGUCAUUAGUGAAGAACCCGUGGCACAUGUAACCUGCUCAGCAAACUCAAUGUCAGUCACAAUAGUGAGAUCUUCCAUCCAAAACCUCAGGGGUGACCAACUGAGACUGAUAGAUCCGUCUUGCCAGCUUUACUCCAACAGUACUGAUGUGUACGCCAGCACACCUCUUGAUGGAUGUGGCACUACGUUAGAGGUGACAGACAACGAACUCAUCUUUAAGAAUAAAGUCACCACAUUUGCCGAUCCCCAGGACAUUAAAAUCAGAAAUAACAACAUAGAAAUUGAAAUUAUGUGCGUGUACCAGAAAAACGCAGACGUUUCACAGGAGUUUGAUAUUCACAAGUCUCCAAUCAAAGUCUCAGAAAAGAGUUAUGGCACAAUGAACUAUCACUUUGAGUUUUACCCAUCUAACAGUUUCCAAAACAUGACUGAUCCAAGUGCCUUCCCUCUUGAGUAUAAUGUGGGAGAUAUGAUCUACAUGAAGAUCGAGCCUGACUAUCCAGUCCCAAACACUGAGCUGUUUCUUGAGUCCUGUAUGGCUACGCCUUUUGAUACUCCCAAUUACCCGGUCUCCUAUCCCAUCAUCACCAAUGGAUGCAAGAUGGAUGAAACGGUUCACUUUUUCUCAAGUCACACACCAUACGUUGAGUUUGAAAUAGCGGCUUUCAAAUUCACUGGGUUUCAAGACCAGGUGUUCAUCAGCUGCUCCAUCGUCGUAUGUGAGGUAGGCGUUCCCAACACUCGCUGCUCUCAAGGCUGCAUCAACAGCACCGUUGCCCCACCUUCACACAACAUUAACAAAAGAGACGCACCCCUCCAGACCAGCAAUCACAUCAUCUCCCAGGGACCCAUACGGCUGAGGAGGAGCCCAUCACAGGUGACUGUGAAUCUGGGAUUGAAUGUAAACCUUGCUGUCGUUGCUGGGUGUAUGGUGGCCAUUACUGCUAUAAUUUGCGCUGUGAUCGUCUACACAUCCAAGAUGCCCAGGAUCAGAAGCAAGUCCUUGCCAUCACACGACUUUUGAAUGCGUCAGCGUUUUUUCCAAAGCAUGAUGCAAUAUUUUACUGUGAAAACACUAUCUCUAAGCUUCUUGGUGAAAAUUAGUUUUGGUCAAUCUUGCCUUUGUAUUCAUUUAUAUGUUUUCUGACCUUAAAAUAGGCUUUGAGAAAUCAUGGGCUUUAUAUGCUAAUGUGUGACAAACACACACAGGGUUUGUUGUAGUUUUCAGGAGCUCUGUGUAAAUACCUACAUACUACAUACACAUGAGAGAAAAGACGAACAUUUAUAGAAGUAAAAAAAACAUACUGUAAAGUAAAAUUCUGUAUUAUAGACGUGUAAAAUUGUACAAAAAAAAAGUUGUAUAUGCUUAAAAUAAAAAAAUGUGUGUUGUAUCUGCAGCACAAACACGAUAAACAGUACUGUAUUAGGAUGAGCAUAAAAGCAGGUAUACAUGUUUUAAAGAAUUGUACUUACAAAGUAUAAAAGAGUACCUCCUGAAAUGUAAAAGUACUAAUAUUGACCCUUUACAGACGGUACAAAUGUGUACUUUUUGAAAGUAAGCCAUCAGUGACGCCUUUAAAACCUGUAUUUCUAAGAAUGUAUGGCUCCACUGUAUUUUGCAUUGGCAAGACAUAUUUAACGCAUUUAAACUAUUUAAAUGUAGGAAGACUUUAGGGUGAGUAAAUGGUGACCUACUUUAAUCUUAGACUUUCGUCAUUUGAUCAACAGUUCUGAAAUCUGCUUUGUGGAAUGUGAAUUUUCUCCUUAUUGGAAUGUGUUUAUCUCUACACUUUACAGCUUUUAUUUUAUAUCUUUAUAUGCAGUUUAAAAGUGGCCAGUGUUUUAAAUUGAGUUGUUAUGUGGCAUUUCUACAUUUGAUGGCAUGUGGAAAGAAGUGGAAAGUCAUUAAAGAUGAGUUUAAAACAUGAAACCA